AUGUCUGUGCUGAAACAAAAUGCAAAAGUAGCCGUUAUAGGCUCAGGUAUAUCCGGGUUGUCGUUUGCUUACUACCUUUCCAAGUUGAGACCAGACGUCAAGGUAUCUGUCUUCGAAGCCACAGACCGCGUUGGUGGAUAUAUUAGAACCACUAAACAUAGCCAGUCUGGGUUGAUGCUUGAAAAAGGACCAAGGACUUUGAGAGGUGCCAGUGUGGGGACGCUCCUCAUAAUCGAUACCAUCCUCAAGCUGGGAAGACAGAAGGAGCUGAUGGGUGUUCACAAAAACUCGCUUUCCUCAAAAAGAUAUUUACUGUCAAAUAACAAGAGUGAGCCAUUGAUGGCUUUGCCUACUACGUUGAAGGAAUCACUGCGGUUUUUGAAAGACGACUUGGCAAAAGGCAUGAUUCCUGGUAUUAUGGCAGAACCCUUCAAGCCAAAGGAACAUCACGAAUACGACACAGAAUCCGUCAGCGAGUUCAUGGAACGUCGUUUUGGUUCCUGGUCAAGUAAUUUGAUCAGUGCAGUUUGUCAUGGAGUUUUCGCGGGCAGUUCAAAGGAACUUGGAGUGGAUUCGUUUCUUCCUGCUUUAGCCAAACUUGAGAGGGAUUACGGUUCAGUAUUAGGAGGAUUGCUUCGAAGGUCCGAUGGCUCUACUCCGAACGAACAAAAAGAGCUUCUCUCUAAGUACUCUGAAUUGUUUGGAGUGGAAAUUGAUUUCACGAAUCUGGUAAAGUUCCUCAAGGAUUAUCCUAUGGUUGUUUUUGGGGCAGGACUCAACAGCCUACCUGACAUCAUAUACGAGGACCUAUUGAAACACUCACCAAAUGUUAAGUUCCAGUUCAAAAAAUACAUCAGCUCCGUUCAGAAAGAAGGUGAUCGUGUUAUAGUUGAUGAGAGAAACAGUUUCGAUCAUGUGAAAUCCACAAUCAACGUCCAUCGUCUCUCUAACAUUCUGAACAACCAGAAUCUGAAGCCUCUGUUGAACCAGAUCACUUACUCUAGUGUCGCGUUGGUCAAUGUGUAUAUACCAUCUCAUAACUAUUUGAAAGACACUCCGGGCUUUGGAUAUCUAGUUCCAUUGGCUUUGCAGAAUGACGAGAAGCUGCUGGGUGUGAUUUUUGAUUCGUGCAAUGAGGCGUCUUCCAGACGUCUAUUUGAACCAGCUGUGUUACACGAUCUCAAGUCCGGUAUCGUUACUCCUGAUCAGAGCAAAUCAGCACAGUCUGAGGGAGACUAUACCAAAGUGACAUUGAUGUUUGGGGGCCAUUUUUACAAUGAAACUGGGUUUCCUACUAAAGAUCAGUUGAUCUCCUCCGUGGAGAGGGUCUUGCAACGGGAUCUGAAAAUUGACCUAGAAGCGGUCAGAAAAAGCACCAUUGAGAUUGAACUGAUUGAAGAUGGUAUCCCCCAAUACAAUGUUGGCUAUCAGAUGUUGAAGUCUAAGAUUAUUUUGAAGAUGAAGGACGAAUACGGCCAUCGUCUCAGUUUAGGUGGUAUGGCUCUAGGAGACGGGAUUGGGGUCCCGGACUGUUACCUGAACGGGUUCAAGUCAGCAUUGGAAUUGAGUGGUGUUAAUGAAAAAUAG